AUGCGGUACGCACAAGUUUUUAUUGAGCGUUAUGAGGCCACUCCUGUGAUAUUGAUUUUAUUCAAGGAAGCUCGAAAGGCAGCCAAUGACACCACUUUGGCGAGCGUUGCAUCGAAUUUGGAGCCCAUUGGGCGGAUUCAGAUGAGAACACGACGGACUUUACGUGGACAUCUAGCUAAGAUUUAUGCUAUGCACUGGGCCUCUGAUAGCAGGAACCUCGUGUCAGCCUCCCAGGAUGGUAAACUAAUAGUAUGGGAUUCAUACACUACAAAUAAGGUCCAUGCGAUUCCUCUUCGCUCGUCCUGGGUUAUGACAUGUGCCUAUGCUCCUUCUGGUAGUUUUGUAGCAUGCGGAGGAUUGGACAACAUUUGCUCUAUCUAUUCACUCAAAACUAGGGAGGGAAAUGUGCGAGUCUCGCGCGAACUGCCUGGCCAUACGGGAUAUCUGUCGUGCUGCCGAUUCCUCGACGAUAACCAAAUUGUGACAUCUUCUGGCGAUAUGACUUGUGCAUUAUGGGAUAUCGAGACCGGACAACAGUGCACAGCCUUCACUGGUCAUACUGGAGAUGUUAUGUCACUAAGUCUUGCUCCGGAUAUGCGUACCUUCAUUUCUGGAGCUUGUGAUGCAAGUGCUAAGCUUUGGGACAUAAGAGAUGGUAUGUGCAAACAGACAUUCCCUGGUCACGAGUCGGAUAUUAAUGCUGUUGCUUUCUUUCCUUCUGGUUAUGCCUUUGCCACUGGAUCUGAUGACGCCACAUGUCGUCUAUUCGAUAUUCGUGCCGAUCAAGAGCUAGCCAUGUAUUCCCAUGAUAAUAUUAUCUGCGGUAUCACGAGCGUGGCAUUCUCAAAGUCUGGGCGACUGCUGUUCGCAGGUUACGACGAUUUCAACUGCAAUGUUUGGGAUUCGAUGAGACAAGAGAGAGCAGGUGUGCUGGCUGGUCAUGAUAACCGAGUAUCAUGCCUUGGAGUAACGGAAGAUGGCAUGGCAGUAUGCACCGGUUCGUGGGAUAGUUUCCUGAAAAUCUGGAACUAACGAGGACUGCGCAUAAUAACCCUCUUCCUGACCUGCCCGUUGUCGUCUUCUCCCCAGCAAGGUUAUCGUCGUGAAGCUUUCUCUAUCCUGUGUUUCGAGUAAGGCUCAACGUGUGGAGGAAAGGUACUGCAUAUUCAUAUGUGUGGUUCUUUUUCUGCGUCGCGACGAUUUCCGAAAUAGGUGAUGUUUGGAGUUUGUCGAAUAUAUCAUGGUCUCCCUUUCGCUGCUUUUGCGUUUCUCCUCCUCUGCUUGUCCUUCAUACAGGAUCAUCGCGACAAGCAUUGUUUUCAUACUGUCACUCUAUCACCCGCUAAUUUCUUCCUUUCGACUCUCUCCUAGUUGCGUGUGCACUCUCAUUUUAAUACAUUUAUUUAUUGUUAUCGACCGAACGACGUUCGUUUCUCGUUUUGAAACAUGUUGUAAUUUGCUACAUGCGGUGGUGCCACGUUCACCCCUCACCCAGCUCGCUCCUAGUCUUCAUUACCUGUCACACAUCGUCCAUCAUUCGUUGUUGCAAGAUAAUUUCUCAUUUGUUUCGCAAAAAACUGAUUGAUAUUAUUGAAUUAUUUAUAUAUGGAUCAUUGUAAAAUUUUUUGAUUUGAUGUUCUUGUCAUAAACUGAUUGCUUUCUUGUCUUGAAAAAAGCGCUUUUU